CUGACCUUGACCUUUUAAAAUCAACAAUUUUGAUAAUUUAACGGUGUUGACUAGCUUUUUCACUUUUGACUGUGAGUAAUAUGGAGGACGCAGAGCUGAAACAGAAGAUUGGAGAAUGGUUUUCAUGGAGUAAAAAUGAGAAGGACAACGGUGAAAUCCAGCAGCUGGUAGCCAAGCAAGAUGUUGCUGAACUCCGAACACGACUUUUUAACCGCAUGGAGUUUGGUACUGCAGGUCUACGAGCCAGGAUGGGGGCUGGCUACAACAUGAUGAAUGACCUAACUGUUAUUCAGGCCACUCAGGGCUUAUGUGCAUACCUGCUGAAGACCACACCACAGGCAAAGGAGAUGGGUGUCUGUGUUGGCUAUGAUGGAAGACACAACAGUAAGAGGUUUGCCCAGCUGACAGCAACUAUAUUUUUGCACAAGGGGGUCAAAGUCUACCUGUUCUCAAAGCUCUGUCCAACUCCUUAUGUUGCUUACACAACACGGCACAACAGGUGCGCAUGUGGAGUGAUGGUGACAGCCUCUCACAAUCCCAAGGAAGAUAAUGGAUACAAGGUUUAUUGGUCAAAUGGAGCGCAGAUAAUAACGCCAAUUGACAAAGGAAUCUCGGAAUGUAUUCUGGAGAACUUGGAACCGUGGGAGACAUCUUGGGACACUGAUUUCACAGGAACCAGCCCCCUCUGUGUAGACCCCUUCGAUGACAUACAUACACGAUAUCAGAAUGAUGUGUUAAGGCUUUGUUAUUAUAAGGACGCCAACAGCCAUUCAAGUGUGAAGUUUACAUACACGGCAAUGCACGGAGUGGGCUACCCAUUCACAGACUUUGCCGUACAGCAGUUUGGAUUCCCCCCUGUCAUUCCUGUACCAGAACAGGUUGAGCCCGAUCCAGAAUUCCCCACCGUCAAAUAUCCGAACCCAGAGGAAGGAAAGGGGGCGCUGACCCUAUCCAUGAGGACAGCCGACCAGAAUGGUAGCACCGUGAUACUGGCCAAUGAUCCCGACGCCGACAGACUCGCAAUUGCAGAAAAAGUCAGAGGAGAGUGGGUGGUGUUCACAGGCAAUGAGAUUGGUGCACUGCUGGGAUGGUGGUCCUGGUUCUCAUUCUCACAGAAAUUUCCAACUCUUCCAGCUUCUGAUUGCUACAUGUAUGCCAGUACAGUCUCCUCAAAAAUUCUGGCAGCCAUAGCAAAGAAAGAAGGAUUCCAUUUUGAGGAAACACUGACAGGCUUCAAGUGGAUGGGAAACCGAGCUAACAUUGUAGUGCAGGAGGGGAAGACUGUGUUGUUCGCAUUUGAGGAGGCGAUUGGUUUCAUGUGUGGCUCCACGGUCCUUGACAAGGAUGGUGUGUCUGCGGCGGCUGUGGCUGCAGAGAUGGCCACUAAUGUGUAUGGUAACGGGAAGACUCUCAAAGAUCAGCUGGAUGAGAUUUAUAACAUGUAUGGUAUGCACAUCAACAGCAACUCCUACUAUAUCUGUCAUGAGGCGGCAGCCAUCAAGGCCAUGUUUGAAGACAUCAGGAACUACAACAACACUGGAAAGUACCCAGAGAGCUGUGGGAAGUACAAGAUUAAGUACAUCCGAGAUCUUACCACAGGUUUUGACAACAGUCAGCCAGACCAAAAGCCUCUGUUACCAGUGAGUAAGUCGAGUCAUAUGAUCACGUUUACCUUUGAGAAUGGUUGUGUGGCAACGUUACGGACGAGUGGAACAGAGCCAAAGAUAAAAUACUACACAGAACAUAGACCUGACCCGGCUCAUGGGUUAACACGAGAGGCAGCAGAGGCGGAGCUUGCGGACAUAGUACAGAGCAUCGUCACCCAUUUCUUCAGGCCAGAGAAAAAUGGCUUCAUACCCAGGAAAAUAGAUUAAAACUUUCUUCAUUCCAAUAAAAUAUGAAGAAAAAAUGUCUCCAUAUCAAGGAAAAUGGAUUAAAACUUCUGAGUAGAAGGAAAAUACGUUCAUUCUAAUGAAAUAUGAUAUUAAAAUAAAUAUCAUACUACAACUGAUAAGAAAUUUGGAAAGACAAAUACCUUCAUUUCUUAGAAAACCUUAUAAAUAUCUAUACUAUAUUUAACAAAGAACUGUGGGAUAUCAGAUAAAAGAUAAUAUGUAAUUGCCAAGAAAAAAACAUUGGAGUCCUAUUGUUUAAGAAAGUCUUUGAUGUUUAUGUUGUCUGGUGCUGCUGUCCUUUGCAGCCUGGUCUGCAAGGUCACAUUUAUAUGUCUGCUGUCUAAGCUAAGCAUUUUAUGUUUUAAUUGGCUAAAUAUCUCAAUUGAGUUUGAUCCAAAGACUGAUUAAACUAGUAACUUAAAGAGUUGUGGCCCUUGAUGUGUCAAAAAUUUACUAAAUUAACUUGACAGCUCUCUAAUUUGAGCAUUUCUUAUCCAAUUUUUACCAAACUUGAUUUCUCUGUUUAUGGAAACAAAAACUACAAUAUCAACUGCGUUUGAUCAACAGCCGGACUGCAUUAUUAACUCUUGAGUUAUGGAACUUGUUUGUUUUUUUUCAAAAUUUGACUGAGUUUGAGUAUCCACAAGAUCGCAUUGUUGACUGUAGUUAUGGCCCUUGAUUUGGUAAAAUUCGACUAAAUUCACUUCAACUGCUCUCUACCUUGGAACAUUUGUUAUCAAAUCUUCACUACACUGGAUUGCAAUGUGAAAGGGCAUAACAUCUUGAACAGUUUGAUCAACAGCAAGAUCACACUAUUCACUCAGGAGUUAUAGCCCUUGAAUUGUCAAAAUUUGACCAUGUCCACUUUGUUCUUUCUAACUCGAGCAUUCCUUAGCAAAUAGGAUGAGGCUAAUAACUUGCUUGUUUGAAUUUAGCAUACUAGUAUAAUAUGUUUAUUUUAACAGUAUAGUCAUAUAUUAUUAUUAUGUGGUAUAUAGUUAAUCCAAUCAAACUUGUUAUUAUUUACCUUUUUUGUGUUGUCUGUGUCCAGGAUGUCACACUUUCAUUUCUGCUUUCUAAUGUAUAAGACAUUUCUCCUCAAAAUUGUUAAAACUUGGAAGCAAUGCUUUUUGACUAAAUACCUCAACCAAGUUCAAUUCCGAGUCAUUGUCAUUUUAGAGAGAUGGUCCUUGAAUUGUCAAAAUAAUGAAAGCUCCUGACGGGCAACAUUUCAUUUUUUUGGUGAUUUUAAGUUGAAAUAAUGUCCUUUGCAAAUUAACCAGAGCAUUAAUAAUUUAGCUACAAGUAACUGAAAACUUGUCUAGGAGUCACAUUUCUUUUGGUCCGAUCAAUUUCCUGCCUCUUCAUAACCACAAAAUGUAUUGUGUUCACACUUAACGGGAAUGAUUUGUACCAAGCCAAGCUGGCAUGUCGCCGAUUGUACUGUUUGUAUUAUCUAUUUUAGAGUUAUGGCCCUUUUUGAUACAUAACCAUUGUAACUUGUAAGAUUGUUUGUGCUUCUAUUUCCAUAACCACUAGCAUAUUGUUCUGCAUUUUCUGGUCAGUAUCAUUUAUUGCAGAAUUAUGUCUCCUUUAUAUGAUUAUACUUUUUUCAUUUUUUUUUGUUGCACUGUAUAAAAUAAAACUAAAGCCUGAGCUGGCAGAACUUUUUUGGACCAUUGUGUGAUAGAAAGUUGCUAUAAAUGCUCAUGUAGUUGUGAAUUUGUUGAUUAAUAACGGUUUUGUAAGCAUUUGUUGGUUGAUGUGUAUUACAGAAUGUACAUUUUACAAGUAAUUUAUUUAUAAUAUUAAGUUAUCAAUUCCAAGUGCUAGGAAGUUCAGGGAGAAUAUGUAUUCAAAGUUCAAACUUGUUUAUACUUAGUAUGGAAUUUUAUUCCAGAGCAUUUAUAUUAAUUAUAAAAAAAUACAUGGAUGUGUUUAUUAACCAGGUUUUCACAUGGUGAAAUCUGGUUAUUAGAAUGGCGAACGUCGUUGUUCUGGCAGGCGGACGGGCGGCGUCAAACUCACCUAUGAAACUGAAUAACUUUAGUAAGGGAUGACAUAUCUUGACCAAACUUGGUCUAUAGAAAGACUUUAUGGGUACCUUUAAUGGGAUUGCAUUUGGGGUCCCUAGGGUCAAGGUCAAGGUCACUGUUACUAAAAAUAGAAAAACAGUUGAAACUGAAUAACUUUAGUUCGGGAUGACAUAUCUUGACUAAACUUGGUGUACAGGAAGAGUUUAUAGAUACCUUUCAUGGGAUUGCGUUUGGGGUCUCUAGGGUCACAAGGUCACUGUUACUAAAAAUAGAAAAAAGGCUGAAACUGAACAACUUUAGUUAGGGUUGACAUAUCUUGACCAAACUUGGUCUAUAGGAAGAGUUUAUGAAUACCUUUCAAUGGAUUGCAUUUGGGGUCCCUAGGUUCAAGGUCACUGUUACUAAAAAUGGAAUAACAGACACUGGCUGAAGUUCUGGCAAUCAUUAAAAACCUGGUUUCGUCGCAUUGCGGCGUUUCUUUUUAUGAUUUUAUGACAUUGGAGAUAUGAUAUGAAAAACACAGAACCUCUUUCAGUGUUAUUUUAUUCAUUCUUUAAAAAUAAAUAUAUUCUUAUGCACCAGUUAGUUGUCAAAAAAAGCGGAGAAUCGACCUUACCUAGGGUCCCUGGGGUGCGGGGGCAUUUGGCGGGGAUUUUAUCAGCAGUUUGUCCCUGCAGGAUAUGGAUUUUACCUGUGCUUGCCUGGACUGAAAGUCAAAGUCUCCACUAUUCCCCUGACCUGGGGGGCCGUGGUUACAAUUGGCUGGUGCAUUAUGAUAUUUAUAUUCUUAUUUUUCUGUAAAAUAGAUGAUCUGUGGUUAUUUAUAUAUAUAGAAUAUAAAGUGCAGCUGUUCGUUGUCUAGCUCAUUGUUUAUUGUGCUUUUUACUACACUUUUAUUUCUGGCUAUAGCAGUGAAUAAUAAACCACAAACCACU